CUGGAGUAUUAAAUGAUUUUGUCGUGGGAUAAAUGCUCAACUGUGGGAAGUCAUCGAAAGAUGAGUCAAAAUGCUGGGUAAAUCAGCAAUAUUUAACACGGUUAAUCCGUCAAAAUCAGGUAGUAACUCGGAGAGUCGUUUCUGAGAAAGUAAGACUAUCAUCGCACGUACAGACCUAAGCGUGGGACAUUUUGCAGUUUAUAUUUGAACUUUGAUUGACAUUAAAAAUUGGCCGAACUCGUGAUUUGAUAUUAUGAACUACUUGUGAAUAUUUUUCAUACAUUAUUAUUAAGAGAAGUGGAGACAUAGUUCUGGUAACUAGUGAGUUUCUCGGAUGAAGCAAAUACAAUGGUACAACCAAAAACAUUAGCUACCUGAACAUUGACAUAAAUGGGAAGUGGUAUCAGGUGUUUUGGAAACUUGUUUACUGGGACAACUGAUGAAAUACAAACGUGGAAAAACGCGUGGUGUUAUCAGGUGUUCUGCAAAUCGUUGAAUAACUGAUUUAAUAAAACAUAACACGGGGUGGUAUUGGGUGUUCUAGCAAGUGUUGCAUACCCUGCAUCGUGUGCGACAUCAAUCGAUAAUUAUAACUAAUUGGAGCGAUAGUUGGAACUUGGAUUAAACAUGUACUGCUUUAUAUGAACUACAUUUCAAGAUAAUUAUUGCUCAAACGCAUGAAGAUUUAAACACAAGUGUAAUAUAAUGGGUGUUAUUACGUUCAGAGUGGAAUUAAAAUUUUGUGUAACUUGACUGACAGAUUGUUCAAUUGUGUGCAGAUAAGGGUAAUAUGCAUUUGCUCUUAAAAGCCUGCACUCGUCGUCAAGGCUCCGGUUACCAAAUGAUCUUUCGAAUUACGUCGUCAGGUUCUGAUUGAUGCAAACCAUUUGCAAUGAAAUGCAAUAAUAAUUCAUUUAACGCUCCACUUUGUAUAGCGCUGGAUCAGUGGCGAACACUUUAAUAGCCAUCUUCCUUGCUAGAGUAACAACUAAGCAAAUAUAUUAUUAACAGUAAACACGCUCUGUUUAUUUUAUUCAAAAGUAUUGAAAUACUGUUACAACAUUUUUAUCGGAAAAUACUUCAUACGGCGAAAUAACUAUUAUUUAAAAUAUGUGCACUAAAUCUACAGAAGUUGUGUUACCACAAUCCGCCUGGAUUAAUGUCCGUACUGUUGGUAAUACGGACCUGUGAGAAAUGGGAUAAGACCGACAGUAUUGCUAUUGAAUCUUAUGUGAUUAAAAGGUGGGUCACAAAUGCGAUGUAAGCAUUGACACAUAAGUGACAAUACAACAAUAUCUACAAAACUUUGUUGGCAAGGUGAUAAAGGUGGAUAUAUCUUGCUAGUGUACAUUAUUGAAUGAACUUUAGUAAAUACAUUUAUUAUCAUUAAUGGUCUAAAAAUGGAGAACCCUUACAGGACACUAGCCAUUAAUUCAUACAGCACAACGUUAAAAUACACGACUACACAGAGCGAGGAAAUAAGACAAAAUAUCAGCAAUCAACUUCAAAUUAUAAAUGAUGAGCGUGCGCACCUUUUGCUUCCGGCGAUGAUUCUGAUUGGCUGCAUGAUGUUGUUUGCCAUUGUAGGAAAUUCAUUGGUGAUUUACAUCUUUUCGCGAAAAUUUAAAGCCACAACACAAACAACACUAUUUUUAGCGUUAGCUUGUUUUGAUUUGAUGACGUCAUCCAUUGCCAUGCCGUUUGAGAUUUUCGAUUUAAGAUAUUUCUUUACGUUUGAAUCUUCCAUUUUGUGCAAGUUCAUGCGAUCAUGGGUCGCGUUUCCCAUCAUGGCUUCCAAUCAAGUAUUGCUUCUAAUAGCCAUCGAUCGAUAUCUCAAAGUAUGUCGUCCAUUGAAAAAACAAAUUAUACCACAUUUGGCACGCAAGUUAAUAUUUCUGUCUGUUGCCCUAUCCAUUGUGUUCACAGUCCCGGCAUUUUUGAUCUAUGGCACGCGAUCGGCCUGGACGCAUGUCCCGGGUCUGCUGGGAUCUGAUUGUUCCACAAGUGACGCCAUGAAGGACUCCCUUUUCCCAAUUAUUUAUGAAGUUUUGUUGUUAGUCGUUUUUGUGUCCUUCGUCAUCAUCUUAGGUAUAUUGUAUGGUUUAAUAUGGAGAGUUUCGCAGCGGAAAGCUUUUAGAAGUCAAGUUUUUCGUGAAAGAGGCCGUCUUUUGAGCCACACGUCAAGUAGUGAUCAUGGACAUCAGCCACCAAAAACUUUUAAGUUUCAAGUCAGUACCUGCGAGGACACCCAUCCAGGCGAUUUAACUACUGCACUUAGCUUUAGCACCGGCAACCUUCGGAAUGGUCGCAGGACUUCAAAAUCAACCAUUAUCGCCUUUACGGUGACUUCAGUGUUUUUCCUAAGUUUUCUUCCACAUCUUGGCUUAGCGCUAAUGAAAAAUAUCAAGAAGGAUUUCGAUUAUCAUUUAGAAGAUGCCGAGUUGGUCGCGUUCAACAUUUUUCUUCGAUCGUUCUUUGUAAACCCUGUGGCCCAUCCUGUGGUUUACGCUACCAUGAACGUAAAAUUCCGCCACGAAUGCGUUUGUUUAAUCAAAAGACUCACUAAAUGUUGUUUGUGUAAAAGACAAUCAUCGUAACCAGACCCAAGACAUUUAUCCGUUAAAGGGAUAGUUGCUUCAAAAAAGCAAAAUCACAAAACAUGUACAAGUUUGACCAUGGCCUUCACCUUGUACCACUAAAGUUAAGCACAGGAUGUCAAGACAUCUAUAUUUCGCUAGAAACGGGAAUUGAAAAAAAAGUGACUUCCAUUUAUACUAAUAUUAGUAUCUUCUUUAAAAGAAGUAAAACUAUAAUGUGACACAUAACGACAAAAGCUCAAAGAAUUGCUUCCUAUCUAUUCUAAUCUUAAUCAUAUUUUAGCGGUGGGCAAACCUAAAGCAGAAUGUCCCAUUAAAUCGUGAAGGGAUUUGUGUACAUUUGUGAAUCAUUGAUCAGGAAGUGACUUAGCAUAAUUUGAGGUAUAUAGAAUUGAUAUAGUAAAACCUGUGUGUUUAUUAUUGUGUAUAUUUGUGAAUCAUGCAGGAAGUUUUAUAUGGGUAUAGAAGUAUAGACAGUGUAUUUAAUGUGUUUACGAUAUGUUAAAUAUCAUCUUUAACUAUAUCAAUGUUGUAUUUAAUUCCAUCAUAUGUACCAUAGUCAUGUACUAUAUGAUCAUCAUAAUCGGCACAAUAAUCAUCAUCAUCGUUAUAGAAGGGCCUAACUUUUAAAUAUAUCAAUGUUGUAUUUAAUUCAAUUAUAUGUGCCAUAGUCAUGUACCAUUUGAUCAUCACAAUCGGCACCAUCCUCAUCAUCAUUGGCUUAACUUUUAAAUGUAUCAAUGUUGUAUUUAAUUUGAUUGAAUAUGCCAUUUUAAUGGACUAUGUGUUCUAUUGUUUUGCUUAAAGUAGGCCUUAGCGCCGCUGUUCGGUCAAACUUUCCCUCAUAUCACACUGCAUGGCGUAUGCCCGUCUUCUUUAGCCCAGGAGGCUUAGAACAGCAGAGCAGGAAGUUAACCCUCAUUUCAUUUCCUGUGCCAUAUUGUUUCUAACGUUUUCGACAGAUUAAAGGACCACUCUUCUAAAAUUCACCAUUAUAAAUGGCAUUUUACAGAUUAAGAAUUUAUUAUUAUGGAUUUUUGUGGUCUAGACUCAAAUUUAUUUUAUUGUGUUGAUGUUUUAAAAAAUAUAUACAAGCAUAAAGAAAGUCAGUGGGGUGUCUGGUAGGGAGGUGUGCACGAUAUUCCCGAUUCGUAUCAAUUUACAUUAGUUGAUGUAUUAUGUAUUUAGCAACAGCCAAUUGGUUUCAUAAGCUAAAGGUAUUUUUCUUCCUUGUCCAUUUAGUAAUAUUUGAUAAUACGUCAACUGUCUUUCUAUUACAAUACCAGUAUUUCUUUAUUCAUAGAGUUUAACAUAAUUUGUCAUGCUACGACGACGAAACGAGUUAUCUAUGGAAGCCGAUAACUACCAAUCGUAAUUUCUACUUUCCGCCCCUUCAGAACGUGGAAGUCGAAAAGUAGAAGAUACGACAAAAUGUGAGACGACAGCCUGCUAUACAAGCCAAAAUCGACUCGAAAAUAGGAUAUUUUUAUGUAAAAAGUAUUAUCCAUUUGGCCAUGAUUGCACGUAUUCAAGUGUGACCUAGCGAAACUAGAAAAGUCGACAGCGCGACAUCAAGCCAAAAUGAUAGGUCGUUAAUAUCGCGGUGUGUUAAUUUCCGAAUUUCUACUUUUCGAGUUGCAUUUUGGCUUGGUAUACGUGUCUUACUGACAUGAAUAAAUACAAAAAUGUGACAAAAGUCACGCUGCACAAGUCAAAAUGCAAGUUGAAAAGUAGAAGUCAGACAAAACGAGGGGCGCUAUUAUUGCGGUGUGUUUAUUUCUUAUUUUCGAGUCGAUUUUUUUUGUCUUGUAAAGCGUGCUGUCGCCUCAAAUUUGGCCUGACUGUUCAACUGUCGCGUUCUGAAGGGACGAAAAGUAGAAAUUACCAAUGGUAGUUACAGGCUUCCAUACUUAAUAUUACUUAUCAGCCCUUUACCAUUAAAAUCCGAAUUGAGUGAUUAUAAAACUUGUUGCAAAGAAAAAUAAAAUAAAAUCAAAGUGUUUCAUGGAUUAUAUAACUUUCCAAAUAUUUCCGUGAGCGGCAUUCUAACUAGACAGUAACAUACUUGGGAAUAUUAUUAAUGUCUGGGGAAUCACGUGGCUAAGUGGGUAAGACGCUGGUUUCCCCUUGUCAGUGAUGCAGGACGGAGGGCCUGACAAGGACAGCUGUCUAGUCCCGUGUACACAUUGGCGUGCACGUAAAAGAUCGCUUGGCAUUUGGAAUUCGAUAUAAGGGUAGGCCGUAGCGCCGCUGCCCGGGCCAAAUUUCCCUCAUAGCACACUGUAAGGCGUAUGCCCGUCUUCAUUAGCCCAGUUUAGGAGCAGAACAGUAGGACGUUAAACCACAUUUCAUUUCAUUUCAUUUAUUAAAUGUCUACGAUAUCACCAUGUAUGGAGGCGGACUUUAAACUGUGUUAUUAAGACUAAUACUAGUCGACUGUGUGGAAACAGACGCUAAAUGAACUUCCCAUGUAUCUUUGAUGUAAAGGAGCUGCAGGAUGGAGGGUCUGACAAGGACACUGUCUAGUCGUUCGGAUGGUACGAAAAACCGAGGUCCCGUGUACACAAUGGCGUGCACGUAAAAGAUCCCUUGACAGUUGGAAUUCGAUAUAAGAGUAGGCCGUAGUGCCGCUGUCCGGGCAAAAUUUCCCUCAUAGCACACUGUAUGGCGUAUGCCCGUAUUCAUUAGCCCAAUUUGGAGCAGAAGAGUAGGACGUUAAACACCAUUUUAUUUCAUUAAGGGAGCUAAACUGCGAUAACACCAUGUGUGGAAGCAGACGCUUAAUGAAUUUUGCAUGUAUAUGUGAUAACCGGUAUGAUCAUGGUCAACAUAAAGUUUCGAAUUGGAUUGAACCUGGUAACCGGUAUGAUCAUGGUCAACAUAAAGUUUCGAAUUGGAUUGAACCUGGUAGGUUGAUUGUCAUUGUCACUGCUAGUACUUUCGUCGUUAUCAAACGUUUGAUAACAAUGAAAGUACUAACCAAAAAUUUAAUUUUUAGUGUUUUUACUCUAAUAUUUGAAUUUUACUUAUAUGUUUAACUGAGAAUUAGAUCAUUUUAUUAUAUAUUAUUUUUGUUUGCUCAUUCAAAUUCUGUGUUGUAUUAUUUAUAAAACAAAACAAACAAAAUAAACUAAUAAACUUGUUAUUAAAUUUAA